AAUGCAGUGAGUAGUGAUGUUUAGUUUUUCACAGUUGCUUUCGAAUCGUCGUGUGGUGAUGUAGCAAUGUGAUAUUCAUCUGUUAACUGUCUCUAAUAACAGAAGGAGAAGGAUCUACGACUUGUCUGCCUGUUUGAAGGUCACAACACAAUCCUGCAACGUUGCAACACGAACAGCGAAGCACAGACGAAUAAAGGAAGCUCAGAACUCGCAAGGUAGCAGAGCUAGCAACGCGCGGUGAAAGGGGUUAAGUCCUUUCGUGGCCUUGAAGCAUGCAGUUUGAUGGCGGCUACUAAAAUGAAAGCGCCACAGCCUGCUAGAGCCAAAGCAGAGGGAAGGAGGAAACGCACAGCUAGUUAGUGACUCUAUUCAGUUGUGUUUGCGUGUGUGUUAAGAUAGAAUGUGUGACAAUGAUAACAUUAGUGAAUCGGACCCUGCUACUGGGUCGGAACUUCAUGACGCUGUAAGACGUCAGGACGUCACAGCCGUCAAACGUCUUCUGUCCCAAGGAGCUGACCCUGAUGAACCGGACUGGGCGAGGUCUGGAGAUGCACCCUUGCUACACGCUGCAGCUGUUGGAAGUGUUCAAGUUGUCAGGGCUUUGUGUGCUGGAGGAUGUAACGUAAACGCUCGCACAGCCAGGGGAGAGACGGCACUUCACCUGGCCGUCACAUCGAGAAAGGCAUCUAACAAUCCUCAUGAGCUGGUUGUGGCUCUCCUAGAAGCGGGAUGCGACGCCAACAUCCAGGAGAACUUGGAUGGACGCACGACUCUACACGCACUAGUGCGUCAGCUUGCCGUUUCUGCAGCUGACCCCACCUCGAGCACCUGCGACCUCAUGCUGGAGACCUUCCAGCAACUUGCCCAGAAAAGUGACGUCAACCUCAAAGAUCACAGACAGAGAACACCACUGCACAGACUGGCUUCCUCUGGCUGUACCCAUCUGAAGGCCUUUCAGGUCUUGUUGGAUUGUGGCGCGGACCCCAGUUUGCAGAACGAUCGAGGCGAGACAGCACUGCACGAGGCUCUGGAACGCGACGCACCGGGCAGUUUCGACGCCGUGACGCUACUGGCGAGUGCCGGUACGGACUUGUCGCGCUGCACGGCGUACCGCGAGACGCCCCUGCACCUCGCCGCCCGAAAGAAUCGCCCCUCCUUCGUUGCGAUGCUGCUCAGUAACGCCGCCCCUCCAAAUGCCCAGGAUCUGCGUGGGAACACGGCCUUGCACCUGGCGGCGGGCAAAGGUUACCACGAGGUAGUGUCUCUCCUGCUCGGACGCCCCAACAUUGAGCUGAAUGCCCCCAACAAAGAGGGACUCACUCCCUUACAUAUCGCCGUCGAGAGCGGCUUCAUUCAGGUUGUGCAGAUGUUGCUGCAGGCAGAGACAUGUGACCUUACAGCACGCACAAAGAUGAGUCUUACACCUCUAGACUUCGCACAGCAGGAUUAUAGACGGCGUUCCCAGCCUGAGAUGUCUCGUGUCCUUACACAAGAGUUGGAUCGACGUCGUUCACAUGGCACAACCAAUAAGUGCUGAUCUAUACAGGGUGAAUCAAAAGUAUGUUUACAAACUUUGUGUGCGUGUUCCUGUUUCAAAAAUAAGAAAAAAUGUUCCUAUUAACUUGUGGGUGCAAAUGCUUCUUUCUAAAAAUAAUAGCCCAAAAUUAUUUUCAAUGUAUGCCUUUAUUGCCAAGUAUAAGGACAGAGAUGUUUCUUUAUAA